AAUGAAUAAUAACCAACAAGAAUCUUCAACAAAACCAAUAAAAAUAACUUCAACAAAAUUAUUAAAACAAAUAGAAGAACAACGAGAAAAUAUUAAACUUGCUGAGAAAAGGAAAAGGACUGUUUAUGAAGCAAUAUGUGCACUUAUUAAACCAGUUAAUGAAAAAGAAAUGUUUAAUUAUUUGCAAGUGUUGGAUUUACAUUCGUGGGCAGAAGUAAUUGAAGAACGUUUUUUGGGGAAAAUAUGUGGUUACCCUAUUUGCGAGAAUACUUUAACUAUUGAUUUUAGACGAAAAUUUGUUUGGAUGGAACGGGAAGGGAGAAGAGAGUUUUUACCACUCGAAGCCGAACCAAACAAAUUUUGUUCUGAUCGUUGUAUGUGUCUUUCAAGGGCUAUAGCUAUUCAAUUAGAUACUGAAGAACAACAAAUCAAUUCUCUUCGUUUAAUGUCAACAAAAUUAAAAGAAUUUAAAUUACCCGAAGGGGAUGAAUGGAAAAAUUUUUUGAAAAUAAAUAAAUGUUUGGAGAAGGAGGAAAUUUUAAAAAAUAAUGUUUAUGUUGAAGCACAAUUAGUUAAAGGAAUUAAUGAAUUGAAGGUUACAGAUAAUAUAGAAGAAUCUUCUAGUGAUGAGGAGGAGGAAGAAAAAGAGGUUUUUUCUAAUUUUUUUAAAAUGUAGGGGUGGGGAAUGGAUAUCUCUUCUAAUCACUUUUUUAGGAAAUUUAAAAAAUCAUUGUUUUAAGAAAAAAUUUGUUUUAUGGAAAACUUCCUUUUUUUGUUUUAUUCAACUGAAAAUUAAAAUAACCUCCAAUUUUUAUUU